AUGACCAAAUUGACAUUGCUGAUAUUUAUACUGGCUCUCCUUAUCACGGUUCGGCAGCCUAAUUCCAUAGCAGAACACACUUCUGAGAAUGACUCAUGCUGGGAAGAAUAUUUAAAGUCUCCAAUUAGGAAUAGAACAAAAAUAACAAGUCUUGUUAAUGAAGAUAAUACAACCAUAAACACGACUUCAAGUUAUAGGGAAGAUCAAAAAAAUGAAUCUGUAGUUGGUAUUGAAAAUACAAAAGUUAUAAUUUUGCCAACAACUAACUUAACAAACUCUUCAUCGGGUUUUGAUCGAAAUACAAUUGAUAAGAAAAUUACAUUGGUUUCAAUUGACAAAUUUAUACCUGAACAAAAUGUAAUUGAGAAAUGUUCAUUAAAUGACAAUUAUUGCAUUAAAGUUGAUAAUUAUCCAAGGGAAGAUUUAUUAAAUCUUUUUAAAACCAGCAAGUUUAUGUCAACUAAUUAUUAUUAUGAUACAGAUGCUGAAAAUGAAGUUGAUGAAUUCGAACCAAGAAUAUCAGAUAGUCUACUUCAAUCAUUCUGUCAGGCAAGAACAGAAACUAUAUAUCCAGAAGUCGGUCUUACAAUAAAAAACGAAUGGCGUUAUAUUAUACAAGAUCCAUCAGAAGACAAAGACAGUUUUAAACAAGGAAUUCGGGUGGAGAAAUGUAUUGAUGUUGACAUUCCAUGCGCAUUUGAUGAAACUUUACCAUUAGGAUACACUUCAACAUGUGUACAAAAAUAUAUCUACAAAAGAUUGAUGACCAUUAAAGGUUCUCAAGAAUUUUACUAUGAUAGCUUUAAAUUACCAUCUUGUUGUAAGUGCAUGUAUAGUAUAAAUGCCGAUCUGUUAACUAGAAUAGGUGGAGAUUAA